UGUAAAUAUGUAUGUAUGCGUGUGUGCGCAUGUAAAUGGAUCACAAAAUGCUGGAAAGAUAAGUUUGCGAGAGCGUCUCGAACGUAACCGGUUACCCCAACGAAUUAGGAAUUAUUUAUACCAUUUUCCCGUUCCCAAUAUCAUUUGGAAACGACCUUAAAACGAGUGCAAAAGUGCUGCAAGCGUGGUGCAGGAGGAGGAGGAGGAGUUGUGGGGAAAAUGGCGCAACCGCCACCAGAUCAAAACUUUUAUCAUCACCCGCUGCCGCACACACACACACACCCGUCGCACCACCCCCACCCGCAUCCUCACCAUCCACAUCAACAUCCGCAGCUUCAAUUGCCGCCACAAUUUCGGAAUCCCUUCGAUUUGCUUUUCGAUGAGCGAACGGGUGCCAUUAACUACAAUUACAUACGUCCCUAUCUGCCCAACCAAAUGCCCAAGCCAGAGGAGUUGCCUGAUUCCCUGGUGAUGCGACGCCCACGACGCACUCGCACUACGUUCACCAGCAGCCAGAUAGCCGAGUUGGAGCAGCAUUUCCUGCAGGGACGCUACCUCACGGCACCACGACUGGCCGAUCUGUCGGCCAAGCUAGCUUUGGGCACGGCUCAGGUGAAGAUCUGGUUCAAGAAUCGUCGUCGUCGCCACAAAAUCCAAUCGGAUCAGCACAAGGAUCAGUCGUACGAUGGCAUGCCGCUGUCGCCGGGCCUCAAGCCCAACGAGGGAGAUCCGCCGAGUCUGCAGAAUCUCACAUUGGGUGGAGGUGCCACACCGAAUGCCCUGACGCCCUCGCCCACACCUUCGGCAACGACCGCGCACCUGGUGGAGCACUAUGGUGAGACAUUCAAUGCCUACUACAACUACAAUCAUGGCCAUGGCCAGGCGCAGGGCCAGCGCCAUGUGGGCCACGUCCACGGGCAGUACUCGGCGCCACCAGGAGCCCAGAAUGGAGCACAGUUCUUUCAGGCACAACAGCAGCAGCUCCUUCAGCAACAGCAGCCACCACACCAUCACCAGAAUCAGCAGCAGCACCUGCACCAUCAACUGCCGCACACAAACCACGUGCCACAUCAAAUGCAGGCCCAGCAACAUCAGCAACAACAGGAGCAGCAGCAGCAGCAGCAUCAGCAGCAACUGUAUCAUCAUUUUGAUUUCCAGCAAAAAACGGCCAGCGCCUGUCGAAUGGUCAAGGACGAACCGGAGGCCGACUACAACUUUAACAACUCGUAUUAUAUGCGCUCGGCUCUGUCUGGGGUUGGUGUCGCCGCCGCUGCUGCUGCUGCUGUUGCUGCAGCCACACCCGGAACAGCAUCGUCGGUCCUUGCGGCGGAGGUGGCGGCGGCAGCAGCGGCGGGUCAGGUGACGUCUGCACUGUCGCCCGGCUCCGAGGUCUAUGAGCCAUUAACACCCAAAAAUGACGAGAGUCCCAGUCUAUGUGGCAUUGGCGGCCCCUGCGCCACGGCUGUCGGCGACACGGACAUUGCCGACGACAUGGACGAUGGAACGACCCACAAGAAGACGACGACGACGCUACAGAACCUGGAGCCGCUGAAGAGCCAUACGGUUGUUGGUCUAGACAAAAGCUGUGACGAUGGCAGCAGCGAUGAUAUGAGCACAGGCAUGCGGGUGCUGUCGGGUCGCGGAGCCUUUGCCAAAUUUGGCAAGCCAUCGGCCGCCCAGGCCCAGCCACAACCACCGCCCGCGCCAUUGGGGAUGAUGCAUGACACGAACCAAUAUCAAUGUACGAUGGAUACGAUAAUGCAAGCGUAUAAUCCGCAUCGUAAUGCCGGAGGCAACACACAAUUUGCCUACUGCUUCAACUAGUAGCAGCCAACUAGUAUAACUUAGAUCUAAGCGAUAAACAAUAUCAUUUGUUUCCUGAUUGUACAAAUACCAAUUGAUUGUAGAUAUCUGCGCGUAGUUAUGUGUAAGCCUCAAUUGUAAAUUUGUUCUUAGUCUUUUUAUGUACUAGCCUAGUCAGCAGGCGGCAGCUUUUAAUCAUACUUCAAGUGAUAUUCGCUCUAACCUCUCUGCUUUAUCGACAACUUUCUCUGCCAUGCGUUCGUUGCUUCGUUUGUUUUUGGUUGGUCAUUCCCCCAAAGCCCAGGAAUUGCCUGCUAAAAUCAAUCGAGGUGUUUUAUGGGCUUGAACGCAUGCCGGAGAAAGUUAUUUCCCUCAAUAGCAAAGGAAUCCCCUGGCUCUGAUACAAAUUUGUCAUAGCUAAAACCUGUACUAAUCUAAAUGCAAAAUGUUUCUCUUGGCGGUAAUCAUAUAAUCAUUGUUUUUUAUAUAAUUACCAUCUAAAGAUUGAACAUUUAAACAACUCAGAAUAUGCUAUGACAAAAGCGUUGGCUUGUUGGACAUUUGGACAUUCUUUCUGCAAGAAAUGUCAGCAAAUUGUCUGCCAAAACAAGCCAAACAUUUGUUCGACCUUGGAUUCCUUUACUGUAUUAUUUAUAUACCCAUUAAUAUAUUUUAAGAUCAUCUUUUAAUAUCACUCAAGUUGCAUUGAAAUCUGUUUAGCUUCGAUUUUAAGUGUAAGUUCCUCGGUGCACCAUUGUCAUAUGUUCACUCUUUUAUAAGCUUUUUUGUGUGUAAAUCAUUGGGAAUAUAUAAACAACAUAUGAGCUAUGCUUCCCAAAAAAUGUUGCCACUAGGCAUGUACGAGUAUGCUUAAAAAUCUUUCUCAACGAAAACUCGUAUGGUUUUUCCGAAAAUCUUAUGAAUUUAAAAAUGUACUUUUAUGGUCCGCCCGUUCGUUAUUCCUCCCCUCGCACACAUGCAUGUCGUAAAAUGUGAUUCGCGAUGUUUCUACGAAACCCGCGAGUCGUCGUAAAAUAUUUGGCACCACCAGCAGCUGCCUGUGUUUAUAUAGUUACCUGAUCCUGCGCACCUAUCCGACACGACCCCGACCUCGCCCGGCUGUGUGCACCAGUUAGGUAGGCAGUGUACAGGCCCCGCUUGUUAGCAGGCCAACUUGUACUUGUUGCCUCAAUUUUCUUUGAUAUAAAUUAUGGAAAAUCCAGAAAACCAGAACGCUCUCCUUACAUGAACGAAUCUCGAUUGGAAUUUCCAGUGUUUCCCAAUUUUUAUUGAAGCCCAACAAAUGGGCGCGUCAUUCGCAACGAUGGAUUAUUCUGUUGUGUGUUUCGGGGGGAAAUUCCCAAAGGAAGAAUUAAUGUUUUUAGAGCAUAAUCUAAUAGAAAUUGAUGCUGAUUAAUUUAAUAAAUUUGCAAUUUUAUUAAGUGAUUAAU